AUGGGCAACGCGCCCACGGCCAGGAAGGGCAGCGAGAUGGAAAGCGUCAAGGAGUUCCUUGCUAAAGCCAAAGAGGACUUCCUGAAGAAGUGGGAGAACCCUGAACAGAACACUGCAUGCCUGGAGCAGUUUGAGAGGUUGAAAACUCUAGGCACGGGCUCAUUUGGUCGUGUUAUGCUGGUGAGGCACAGAGAAACGGGACAGCAUUACGCCAUGAAGAUCCUCAACAAACAGAAGGUGGUCAAGCUCAAGCAGAUAGAGCACACUCUGAAUGAAAAGAGAAUUCUUCAGGCCGUUAACUUUCCUUUCCUUGUGCGUUUAGAGUACUCGUUCAAGGACAACACUAACCUUUACAUGGUGAUGGAGUAUGUGCCAGGUGGGGAGAUGUUCUCCCAUCUACGAAGAAUUGGCAGAUUUAGUGAGCCUCAUGCUCGGUUCUACGCUGCUCAAAUUGUACUGACCUUCGAGUACCUGCAUGCUUUGGACCUGAUCUACAGAGAUCUGAAGCCAGAAAACCUUCUCAUAGACCAACAGGGCUACAUACAGGUGACAGAUUUUGGCUUUGCCAAACGUGUAAAAGGCAGGACCUGGACACUGUGUGGCACACCAGAAUAUCUAGCUCCUGAAAUCAUCCUCAGCAAGGGAUACAACAAGGCAGUGGACUGGUGGGCCCUGGGCGUGCUGGUCUAUGAGAUGGCAGCUGGGUACCCCCCUUUCUUUGCUGACCAGCCUAUUCAAAUCUAUGAGAAGAUUGUAUCGGGGAAGGUGCGUUUCCCGUCCCACUUCAGCUCCGACCUGAAGGAUCUCUUGAGAAACCUGCUGCAGGUUGAUCUUACUAAACGCUAUGGGAAUCUCAAGAACGGGGUCAACGACAUAAAGGGACACAAGUGGUUUUCAACUACUGACUGGAUUGCCAUUUACCAGAAAAAAGUGGAAGCUCCGUUCGUCCCCAAGUUUAAGGGACCAGGCGACACCAGUAACUUUGACGACUACGAGGAGGAGGAGAUCCGCAUUUCCUUCAAUGAGAAAUGUGCCAAGGAAUUUGCUGAGUUCUAGAGU